UGAAGCAGUCACUAAUCCAACUUUCCUCCAGAUGCCGCAACCUCUGGCUACCUUGCGCUGCAGGCUUUGCCAUUGCUGGUCAGCCCCAAGCUGAUUGUCAAUAUGCUCGCAUCCGAGCCUCGCCUCAUCACCGAGGUCGAAACUUAUAUGCUACGGGCUCUCGGCUUUGCCCUGAUAGCGCUCUCUGCAUUCACGCUGCUGCUGAGUGGGCUAUUGCCUGUCUCACCUCCUUCCACAUCGGCGGACAAUUCGACAGGCAGCGAUAACCCAUACGCUUACCCAACAGCCAUAACGGCCACAGUCUACCACGGCCUUUCGGCGUUCUAUCUGUAUACCCAAAUUACCUAUGGAUUCAGCUUUGGGUUUGGAAGUGGCAUGGUACUCAGCUCAGCACUCUUUUGUUUUGGCGUUUUCACCUGCUUGUUUGGCAAUGAACGAAGUAGAGUCAGUAAAACGACAGGAGCGGACAAACGAACAUCCAACUUUCCAUUCACAAAUGCCGAGAGUGCUCGCGAGAAAAAGAAGGAGAGCAAGAGGAAGUCUGUGUCCUCAAGAUUCAGGUAAAGCAUGCCGCAGCAUGGAAGGCUUCAUGACUCGUAUACAAUACAACGAGACAGUCUAUAUGUCUCCAAAGUUUAGAAAUG